AUGCGAAAGUUGGAAUGGGACGACAUGGGAGUUAAGGUUGAUGGUCGGCAGCUACACCAUUUGCGGUUUGGUGAUGACAUCGUACUGAUAACACCUAGCGUCAGCCAAGCGGAACGAAUGCUGAUAGAAUUCGACGAAACAUGUGGAUGCAUCGGUCUUCAGCUGAAUCUACAAAAGACGAUGUUUAUGCGGAACGGAUGGGUCUCGGAUGCCCCAUUCACGCUCAACGGAACGAACAUAUCCGAAUGCACCAGCUACGUGUAUCUGGGUCGGGAACUGAACAUGAUGAACGACCUGACCCCCGAGCUGGGCAGGAGGAGACGAGCGGCUUGGGGAGCGUACAAGAGCAUUGAGGAUGUAGUGAAGAAGACCAGAAACACCCGGCUCCGUGCUCACCCCUUCAACACCACCGUACUUCCUACUUUGACCUAUGCUUCGGAAACCUGGGCAUUUCGCAAGCAGGAAGAAAACGUGGUGAGCGUCAUUGAAUGCGCAAUUGAGAGAGUGAUGCUGGGAGUAUCCCGUUUCACGCAAGUGAGGGACGGGAUUCGAAGUUCUCUCCUACGUCAGCGAUCGAAGAUUAGAGAUGCCACCGCGUUUGCCAAGGAAAGUAAAAUAAGAUGGGCCGGACAUGCGCUGUGCGCCGGAAGUGAUGCGCUUUAA